GAUUUUUUCUUACAAAAGUUGUGACGCGACGAAAUUUCACUGCGAGUGAAAAAUUAUAUUUAACGCGUUAAAAGUGUAAAAUCUACUUUAAUUGUAUUAAAAUCGUGUGCACCUACGAACAUUCUGUAUGAAAAGUGUAAAAUUCACAAAAAAUCUAUGCAAAAAGUAAGUGAAAUUUUCGAUUGAAAAAAGUGUUGGUGUGUCGUCUAGCGGAGUCUCAUGAAAAAUUUUUAAAGCGAAAAAAUAUAUAUCAAUUUUGAUUUGAAGAAAGAAGAAGAAAAGAAGCAACCUAUAAAAGCAAAUGUAAAAAAGUCUCUGACGACAACGAGAAAAUUUUUUUCAAUUUCUUUUCGUUGUAUAAAACGUAAUACAAAAUAAAAAUACAAAUAAUCUAAAAUACCCCCCGUAAAAUACACAGCGCCAGACAAAAAACUCUUUGUCUCUUAAUCGAAAUCAAACAAAAAUAUUUUAAGGCAUUAUUUAAGGAUUUUGAAAUAAAAGGCAUAAAAAGAUUUGCCAAUAUAUUAUUGUAAUUGUAAUGAGUGUCGCUGCAAUGACUAUGGACGAUCAGAGACCUUUGAUGAACAGUUACGAUAAAAUGUCCAAACAAUAUGAACAAAAUUUACAUAAUACUGCUGGGGGUGGUGGUACCGUUGUGGGUGGUGGUAGUGGCAUGGUGGUAAAUAAUGCUGGUCUUUUGUCGGGACCAGCUUCACCAACUCCAUCGGUUUCCGAGGAGCCCACUACAUCCCAUCACACCCACCAUGCGGGUUAUCACCAUACGUCGCAUUCGCAUCAUCAUCACCAUCAUCAUUCGCAUCAUACGCAUCAACAACAGCAGCAGCAACAUAUUCAGCCUCUGCAACCGGCCUCAAGGCCUGCAUCGCCACCUUUACCACAAACGCUUCAUCAGGAUACAGUUGCUGCUGCUGCCGCAAUCGCUGCCGCUGAACAGCGCCAACGUUUACUCGAAGAAGAAAUUGAGAGUCUUAAAGUUGACCAAACUCGUCUUACACAACAAUGUGCCGAUGCCCAGAGACGCGAAAAGAUACUCAUGCGCAGAUUGGCCAACAAGGAACAAGAAUUUCAAGAUUAUGUGAGCCAAAUAGCUGAAUAUAAGGCUGCCCAGGCACCAUCAGCUGUUGCCUUAAGAUCGGCUUUAUUAGAUCCAGCUGUUAAUUUACUCUUUGAGAAACUCAAGAAGGAACUCAAAGCCACCAAAGCCAAAUUGGAGGAGACUCAGAAUGAGUUGGCCGCUUGGAAAUUCACUCCAGACUCUAAUACGGGCAAACGUUUAAUGGCCAAAUGUCGCCUGCUCUAUCAGGAAAAUGAAGAACUGGGCAAAAUGACCUCCAAUGGUCGCCUGGCAAAAUUGGAAACAGAAUUGGCCAUGCAGAAAAGUUUCAGUGAAGAAGUUAAAAAAUCACAAUCAGAACUUGACGAUUUUCUUCAGGAACUGGAUGAAGAUGUCGAGGGAAUGCAAAGCACUAUAUUGUUUUUGCAACAAGAACUAAAAACCACCAGAGACCGCAUACAAAUACUCGAAAAAGAAAACUUUCAAAUGAAAACAGGUCUGAACACAAACGCAACUGAAGGCGAAGAUGUCGUAAUGAAAGAGGAACAACCCAUUCUAAAUGAAUGCCCAGAAGUCAAAGAUGACAAAAUAUCUGCAGUUAAUGGGUCGAUCAACUUCAGUCUUAACAGCACACAACCACCUGCCAAUGUAAACGAACAGAAUUUAGUUCCCCUGGAUACAAUAGACGAAACAACAUGCCUGCGCAAUAAUAUCAUUAACACAACGACCUCCACGACAACGGCAUAUUUCAAUGGCACUGAAGAAACGCCAACGGAAAUCACACACGAGGGCAAUGGUGGUGCCAUUGGGGCGAAACUACGCACUGUCGCCUCUCGAAAACGUAACUAUGAAUGCGAUGCCGCCUUGGACAGCAGCAAUAUCAUCCACACACCUGCCAUUAAUGUGGUAGCUUCGCCCAGAACGUUGCCACCCAAAAAAUCCAAAUUGCGUGUAGCUCCCGUACGUAGGCCGUCUGUGCAACCGAUCGAUGAAAAUGAAAUGCUCAUCACCAGUUGUAAUCAAGGAAAUAGCACCGUUUUAGACAAUGCCGUAGAUGGUAUGGCUAAUGAAGAAUGCUCCUCUUUGAACGAAAAUCUGGCCAAUAGUGAGACCUCAACGACUGUUGUAAAUGAAGGUGGUGUAGUUGUUGCUCAACGUAUUAUGACCCGACGAAGAUCGGUGCGUUUAAAUGGUGGCAGCAAUGGGGGUGAUAGCAAUCACUGAAAAACAAACCCUCUGUCUCUCACAAUUUUAUUCUAAUGGCAACAAUAAAUAAAAGAAAAAUACAGAAUAAUAAUAUUACAUUGUAUAUCACUAAUAUUAUAAACACAAACAAAAAAAAUUUGCAAAUAUUGUUAAACAUUUUUUUUAUAAUUUUAUUAUUUUUAUUUCUUUUUUUUAAUUUUAAGUAAUUUCAUUUUUGCUGAAAUUCUUGAAAACACAUACCUAUGCAUUCAGCUAACUCCUCAUUUGUAAAAUUAUUGAAAAAAGUCGAUUUAAUUCAAAUAAUGUUAAAUUUAUUGUAGUUACUCAUUUUUUAUAGGCAAUAUUUUGUAUUAAAAUUUAUUAUUUGAUGACUUCACUUGUAUCACAAAAACAUACAAUAAUUUCAUAUUAUGUCAAGCUAAACUAUUUUUUUUUUAAUUUUUCUUUACGAAAAAUAUGCAUUAUAAUUAUGAGGAAAUAUUGCAGCGUUUUCUUUAUUUUACAUUUAUUAUUUGAUUAAUAAUAUUAUUUUUUAUUUUUAUUACUUGUAAUAAACUUUUAGACUUGAUUGCGUUAAUAAAUUUAAUAAAUACAUAACAAAAUAAAAUAAUUAAAACAAAAUUAAUUAUAUAUAAAUCAAACAAAAAUACAUAAAAAACAUAAAAAAAUAUUUUUCAAUAAAUUUAAAAAUUAUUGAUCAAUUUAAAAUUGAGAUAAACAAUUUUUUUAGUUUAGUUAUAAUUAUUUUUUAUAGAAAUUAUAUUUAUAGAGUUUGAGAUAAACAAGAAAAACAUAAAAACUAAUAAUAAACAAAAAAUUACAACAAAAAAACAAUCAAUAAAAUAUAAAAAAAUCUAUAAAA